AUGGGAGCAAGCUCUUUCUCGCAAGGAUCGACGGUCGUUCAAAAGAAUAUCGGAAAUACUCGGGUAGCAUUCUAUGCAUCAACGUGGCUUGUAUUGGUGAUAGGUCUUUCGUUUAUCAAUAAGGGAGUAUUUAAAUGGACGGGGUUCAAGUAUCCAGUGUUGUUAUCAACGGUUCAUAUGGUGGUGAAUUGGAUAUUGUCCGUGCUGGUAUGGAAGAGAAUAGGAACGAGUAGUACUUCUGAAGAAUCAUCAUCAACUGAAAAAUCGAAAAACAGUGGACGAUUGAUCAUGUAUUUUUCAUUGUUGUUUGUGUUGAAUAUUGCCUUCGGAAACAUGAGUGUGAAAGCAGUGAAUUUAUUAUUGAGUCAGGUGUUUAGGUCCUCAAUGCCAAUAUUUAUCAUGAUUUCGUCUAUUAUUUUGAAAGUCGGAAAUAGACCAUCAUUGAAUGUCAUUUUGACAGUUUUGCCAAUAAUUGUUGGAGUUUAUUUAACAUGUCAACAAGGUAAUUCUGCACAAGCAGCAAAGAAGGCAGACCAAGAGGAUGUAAUUAAUUGGAAAUCACUCAUCAUUCUCCUCACAGGAAAUAUCAUGUGUGCUCUCAAAACCACCCUUACCAACAAGUAUUUGAAUCAAUAUCAAUUACAUCCAAUUUAUUUAUUGAGCCAAUUAUCUAUGUGGAGUUCAUUUGGAAUGUUUGCAUUGGCAUGUAUGCUUGGAGAAGUGAGUGAUCUCUUUUACAACAAUUGGAGCAUUCUUUACAACGUGAACACCAUCGCAUUCGUGCUUACAAGCGCAUUUGUUGCAUUUUUAUUGAAUCUAUUUAAUUUCUUGGCUAACUCCUCGACUAGCCCUCUUACCAUGGGAAUUUUGGGUCUCGUCCAUCAAAUCAUGACUGUUUAUUUGAGCACAAUUGUUUUUGAUACUCCACUCACCUCAACAAACAUUAUUGGUAUUUGUUUGGCAAUGGUUGGAAGUGCUCUCUAUACUUUUGUCAAGUAUAAGGAACAAUUUAAACCAAAGGCACCAUAG